UCGAUUGUUUAAAUAAAUCAACUGUUUUAUCAAUUGUUUACAACUGAUAUAAGUAAAUGUGUAUCAAUGAGAAUCGGCCAUUACACAACAUGGCUGAAAGCGAACAAGUGUUGAACGAAAUCCUAGAGAAAGUCGCAAAAGAGCAAGGUUACGAUGACUUCAAAAUAACAUCGAAACAAAUCUCAACCGAUGGAGCUAACUACACCAGCUUCUUAUACCAGGCCAGUAUCACGGCACCAAAUAAAGAGGAGCUGAAGCUAUUCGUCAAAGUUGCAGCCGCCGGAGAGAAAAUGAGAGAAAUUGCGCCGUUCCGUAUAUUCGAAACGGAGAGUUUCGCUUACAACAAAUUACUGAAAGCGUAUAAAGAAAUCGAAGAGAAACAUGACGUCCCAAAAGAGCACAGACUGGUGACACCAAAAUUUUAUGCGAACAGUGACGAAUAUCUUCGCGAAGCUUUGGUCUUUGAAGACUUAUCAGCAUCUGGAUACACGAUGUACGACAGAUUUAAAUCCAUAGACUGGGAGUACACUGCUAAAAGCGUUCAGAACUUGGCGAAGUUUCACGCUUUGUCUAUAGCGUGGUCUAUCGAUGAUCCGGAGGCAUUUGAAAAUACAACACCGAUAUCCAUGGCCGAUAACAUGGACAACAUCAUGGGUUACUUGAACACGGUCGUCUCGAACGCUAUUCUGGUUACGAGGGAGGAAAAUAAGGAACGUCUCCGGAAGUUUUUGGACCGAGUGCUGGACAAGAACUCCUACAUUUCUUUAUACAGGCCCAUCAAUCGGGCGAUGAUAAUUCAUGGGGACUACAGACCGAGCAACUUGAUGCAUAGGUUCAAAGAGGACGGUACGCUAGAAGUAAUCUCCCUGGACUACCAGACCCUGCAGCGCGGGAACCCCGUCCUAGACUUGAUGUACUUCAUAUUCAGCGGCUCCGACAAAAGCUUCAGAGACCGCUACUUCGAUCAGACCUUGGACUUCUACUACGAAGAGCUAUGCUUAGCGUUGCGCCGGCUAAACCUCGAUCCUGAGCUGAUAUACCCUCGAAAGGACUAUGAUUAUGAGGUGCUGAAGGUAUUGCCUGUAGGACUAACGACGGGCAUGUUCUGUUUGCUGAUAGUCACCGUCGACGUAGAGGAUGCUCCAAAAGUCAACAAGGACAUCGCGAUCACCGACUUCGCCAUCAAUCCGAGCAACCUGUAUAAGACGCGACUCAACGAAAUUAUUGACUUUUUCAUUGAGAAGGGUGUUUUAUAAAAAAAUAUUUGAUGACUGUUAUUUAGGUUAUAUUGUUGGUUUUACAUAUAAGUUAUCUUUAUAGUAUACAAUUUACAUGUAUAUAAUAUUAAUUUGCGAUACGUACCUACCUAAGCUACAUACCUUAGUUAAUUAUUUUUCCUAAGAAACAACAGUAGGUGUUACUUACGACUUACCUAACAGGUCGUUGAACCUAUCAAUCUUAUCAUAUCAAUAUUUAUGAGUAUCAAUCUAAUAAUAUUAAAAUUAUUUUCAGUUACAUAAACGCGAUUUUUUUUGUAAAUGCGAGGUACCUAGAUUUGUAGCAUGCCUACUUUUUAUCCCGGAAAAAUCUAUAUGUCCCUAGUCCCAGCGGUAUUUAUGAAAACCAUAGAUUUACGAUUCGGUACAAGAACUGUAUUUAUUCGCGAGCGACGUUUAAUUUGGAUUAUUGCCUACAUAUCGUCAGUGUUUUGAUAAGAAUUUGCAUAACAGACAAAGAAUAGCUGAUAAAACUGAUCGUGUGUU